AUGGCGGCGUCGUCGACAGACCCGGCGGCAGACCAGACUGUAUCCGUGGCGAACGAUGCAAGUAGCACUUCUUCGCUUCCCCUGGAACAGAAGGCAAAUGUUUCCGACGAAAAUGCCCUCGAACAAACCACGAGCCGCAUCGAAAACUAUCCGACUGGCAUCAAAUUGGGCAUGAUCCUGCUGAGCAUCUACUUGUCCGUAUUCCUGGUCGCACUCGACAGAACAAUCAUUGCUACCGCCUUGCCCAAAAUCACGGACAAGUUUCAAAGCUUCGGAGACGUUGGUUGGUACAAUGCCGGAUUUCUGUUUCCCGCCACAGCUCUCCAACUCCUCUUUGGCCGACUAUACACGUUCUACUCGCCCAAGUGGAUUUUCCUGAUUGAAGUGUUUGUGUUUGAAAUCGGCUCUGCAAUAUGUGGCGCCGCCCCGAACUCGGUCGCUUUUAUCUGGGGGCGAGCGGUGGCUGGCCUGGGUGCGGCAGGACUGUUUAAUGGUGCGAUGAUCUUGAUGAUGUACGCUUCGCCUCUCGAUAAGAGACCUCUCUACAUGGGUCUCCUUGGUGCUGUCUUUGGUGUGGCGUCAGUUGCUGGACCGCUCCUAGGUGGUGUGUUCACGACCAAGGUCACCUGGAGAUGGUGUUUCUACAUCAAUCUCCCGAUUGGCGCGGUCGUGCUGGUGUUCCUCUUCUUGGUCAUUGACAACACUGCGCCCGCACUGGGGGAUUUGCCGCUGAAAGAGAAGAUUGCACGAGUUGACAUUCCUGGCACGUUGGUAUUCCUUCCGUGCAUUGUUUGCCUACUUCUGGCUCUGCAAUGGGGCGGUCAAAAGUACAGCUGGUCGGACGGCCGCAUUAUCGCCCUCUUGGUUCUAUUCGGCGUCCUCCUCAUCAUUUUCAUCGGCAUUCAAUUCUGGCGGAAGGAAGCUGGGACGGUCCCGCCCCGGAUCGCCAAACAACGCACCAUCGCAACCGCUGGCUUCUACGCCUUCUGCCUGGGGUCGUCGUUUAUGAUUGCUGUCUACUACUUGUCGAUAUGGUUCCAAGCGAUCAAAGGUGAUUCAGCAAUCCGGUCCGGAUACUCGACGUUGCCCUUCAUCCUGGCCCUCGUCGUUGCGUCUAUCAUGUCAGGGGCGUUUGUUUCAAGAUUAGGCUAUUACAACCCGUCAAUUUUGGCAGGUGGAGUCCUGGUGCCCAUUGGUGCUGGCCUCUUUACACUGUUCACCACCCACACAGCACAUCCUUUUUGGAUCGGUUCCCAGGUCCUGUUUGGAUUCGGCGUCGGCCUGGGGUUGCAACAAACUAACAUCGCCGCUCAGACUGUUCUGGAUAAGAAGGAUGCCCCAACUGGAGUUUCAUUGGUGUUCUUUUGUCAGGGUCUCGGUGGAACCAUCUCUGUUGCGGUUGCCCAGAACGUCUUGGACAACAAGCUGAUAUCGGGUCUCAAGAAUUUCAGCAACAUCAGCCCACAUGAUAUUGUCAAUACCGGAGCCACCGAGCUGAGGCAGGCUUUCAGCCCUUCACAACUACCGGAAGUUUUGCGCGUCUACAACCACGCUUUGGUGAUUGUCUUCUAUGUUGCACUGGGAUUUGCUUGUGCAGCAAUCUUCGGAGGUUUGGGCAUGGAGUGGAAGACCUUGAAAAAGGAUAAAGCCAAGAAGGACAAAGAAAGCCUAUCCGAGGAUGUCAAGGAAGAAACGAAGACGGAGUGA